AAUACAGCUUCAGGACUAAAGACUCAACUUUUUGUUUUAAUCCUCCUUGUUUUACUUGAAUUCUUCCUGGACUACGGACAAACGUUUUCUUGAAAUCUUUGCAUAAUGAUACAGAGAAGACAGGAGAGGUCAAGGGAAGAUAAUGAAAGAGCAAAACAGCAAAGAAAUCCGAGGACAACAAUCAUAUAAUGAGAAAAAAGAAAGACAUGCACGCACAAAUUAAAACUCGUUUUCUGCAUUACAAGCGACAUAAUGUCAAAAUAAGAACUUGUAUGAACAUUGCAAUAGAGUAGGAAGGUAGUAAAGUUUGAUGUUACAAUGAAUCAAGGCCUAAUUUAUUAAAAAAUAACAAACACAAAUCCCUGUUUGUAUUAUGAUCCAGCAGUGUGUGGAUGUCUUGGGAGCCUCCUUGCAGGGAAAAGUCCUUACUCAGGCGUCACCUGAAACCAUUUUGUGGUUUUUAUUUGUUUGGGAAAUGCAGGCAAAUUCCAGGCCAGGAAUUUGAGCACACUGUAUUAAAACCGCACCAGAGAGAGCGAGAGAGAGAGAGAGAGCGAGAGAGAGAGAGAGAGAGAGGUGGUUAUUAUAAGUAGAGGAAGGGGGAGGAAGAGGGGGGUGAGGCUGCAUGUGAGAGGAGGCAGAGAUAUUUGAUGCACUACAACCAGCGUGGAGGGUUUUCCUUGGCCUUUAGAAGCAAGGAAAGCAGGUCGAGCGAGGGUGAGGAGAGAGAGUGCUGUGUGUGUGUGUGUGUGCGGGCGUCUGUGUGUGUGUGUGUGUGUGUGUGUGACGUUGGUUCCUGGAAAAGCAGAGGGCUGCAGAAUAAACAGCCUGCAUGCCUGAGACUGCCCUGUGAUGUCACCACUGGGCGAACGAGGGACGAGGGGAGGAGAGAGAGAGAGAGAGAGAGAGGGGGGAGGAGAGAGAGGAGAGAGAGAUAGUAGACGCCCAUCAGGUUUAACAGGAGAGGGGAUGAGGAGCAAAGAGAAGAAGUCGGAUGAAAGAGAGGGGAAAGGGAUCGGCUGUGAUAAACUGAACGAGGAAGAGAGGUAGAGGAGGAGAAGGCGCAGUGAUACGGACCGAGAGAGGAGACUGCUGAAAAGAGGAAGCGGAGGAGGAGAGCACUGAUGGUGGACAUCAACUCGGCGCUGCCCCUGCGUCUCCCUCCAGCCGCCAUCCCCAUGGACCUGCGCUUGGACCAUCACCACCAGCACCAGCAGCAGCAGCAGCAGCAGCAGCAGCAGCAGGUGUCGUCGCUCUCCCCGCCCGGCCAGCAGUCGUCCGGCCAGGGGUCGGGCGUGGUGGGGUCCUCGAUGCGCGAGCAGCAGCUGCAGCAGGAGCUGCUGACCCUGAAGCAGAAGCAGCAGAUCCAGAGGCAGAUCCUCAUCGCAGAGUUCCAGCGGCAGCAUGAGCAGCUGUCCCGGCAACACGAGGCCCAGCUCCAGGAACACAUCAAGCAGCAGCAGGAGCUCCUGGCGCUGAAGCACCAGCAGGAGCUGCUGGAGCACCAGAGGAAGAUGGAGAACCACCGUCUGGAGCAGGAGCUGGAGAAGCAGCAGCGGGAGCAGAAGCUGCAGCUGCUGAAGAACAAGGAGCGGGGGCAGGAGAGUGCUGUGGCGAGCACCGAGGUGAAGAUGCGGCUCCAGGAGUUUGUCCUGAACAAGAAGAAGGCUCUCGCCCAGCGCAGCCUCAACCAAGGAGGACUCCCCAAUGACGCUCCGUAUUGGUACCGCAAAACCCAGCACAGCUCGCUGGACCAGAGCUCGCCUCCACAGACUGGUGUCUCCACCUACAACCACCCUGUGCUGGGUGUCUACAACCCGCGUGAUGACUUCCCACUGCGAAAAACUGCCUCUGAGCCAAACCUGAAGCUGCGCUCCAGGCUGAAGCAGAAGGUGAGCGAGCGGAGGAGCAGUCCGCUGCUGCGCCGCCGAGACAGCCCCAUCACCACCGCCAAGAAACGCUCACUCGACAUGGCAGACUCUGCGUGUAGCAGCGCCCCAGGCUCAGGGCCGAGCUCCCCAAAUAACAGCUCCAACAACAUCCCCAACGAGAACGGCAUCACUGUGUCGGUCUGCAACAACACAGAGGCGUCUCUGGCCCAGAGGCUGUGCAGCGGUGCUGAGCGGGGCUCCGUUAACCAGCUGUCCCUCUACACUUCACCAUCCUUACCCAACAUCACCCUGGGGCUGCCCGCCACUGCCACGGCCACGGCUGCUUCGAAUGUGACUUCGGCCCAGCAGGAUGGAGGUCUGCAGCCGGCCCUCUCACUAAGCCCCCCCUUUCUCUCCGGCGGCCACUUGACCCCCUACCUAGCUGAGGCCGGCGGUGGAACAGGCGGGCACGGCGCACACAGCCCACUGCUCCAACACAUGGUGCUGAUGGAGCAGAGUCCGGCUCAGAGCCCCCUGGUGACAGGUGUGAGCGGCCUGUCCAUGUCGCCGGGCGCCUCCAUGGCCAAGCUGCAGCGGCAGCACAGGCCUCUGGGACGCACCCAGUCGGCCCCGCUGCCACAGGGGAGCGCGGCCCAGGCCCACGCCCAGGCCCUGGCCCUGCAGCAGCUGGUGGUGCAGCAGCAGCACCAGCAGUUCCUGGAGAAGCACAAGCAGCAGUUCCAGCAGCAGCAGCUCCACAUCAACAAGAUGAUGGCCAAGCCCAGCGAGUCCCCCGUGGGUCGCCAGCACCAGAGCCACCCAGAGGAGACGGAGGAGGAGCUGAGGGAGCACCAGGAUGGGGGAGGAGGGGCCCUGCCGCCGGGGGUCACCAUCAAGCAGGAGCCGCCUGACCCGCAGGAGCUGCAGGAGGAGGCCAUGCAGCAGCACAGGGAGCGGCAGGCGGAGCAGGAGCUGCUCUUCAGACAGCAGGCCCUGUUGCUGGAGCAGCAGAGAAUCCACCAGCUCAGAAACUACCAGGCCUCCAUGGAAGCUGCCGGCCUGUCGAUCUCCUUCCCCGGACACCGCCCUCUGUCCCGGGCCCAGUCGUCUCCGGCCUCCGCCUCCUCCUUCCCGAUCAGCGUCCCGACCUCUGACCCUCCUGUGAAACCUCGCUUCACCACAGGUCUGGUGUACGACUCCCUCAUGCAGAAGCAUCAGUGCAUGUGUGGAAACACCAACAGCCACCCCGAACACGCAGGCCGGAUCCAGAGCAUCUGGUCUCGUCUGCAGGAGACGGGCCUCAGAUCGCAGUGUGAGUGCAUCCGUGGGAGGAAGGCCACUCUGGAAGAGCUGCAGACGGUCCACUCUGAAGCCCACGUCCUGCUGUACGGAACCAACCCUCUCCGACAGAAACUUGAUUGUUCAAUCACUCCCAUGUUUGUACGGCUGCCGUGUGGAGGGGUCGGGGUGGACAGCGACACCAUUUGGAACGAGGUGCACUCGUCCAGCGCCGCCCGCCUCGCCGUCGGCUCGGUGGUGGAGCUCGUUUUCAAAGUGGCGACAGGAGAGCUGAAGAAUGGUUUCGCUGUGGUCCGCCCUCCUGGACACCACGCUGAGGAGAGCACUCCCAUGGGCUUCUGCUACUUCAACUCUGUGGCCAUCGCUGCCAAACUGCUGCAGCAGAGACUCAGCGUCAACCGGAUCCUCAUCGUGGACUGGGAUGUUCACCACGGCAACGGCACCCAGCAAGCUUUCUACGACGACCCCAAUGUCCUUUACCUGUCCAUUCAUCGCUACGACGACGGCAACUUCUUCCCUGGGAGUGGAGCACCUGACGAGGUGGGCAGUGGGCCUGGAGUCGGGUUCAACGUAAACGUGGCUUUCACCGGAGGUCUGGACCCUCCAAUGAGUGACGUGGAGUACCUGGCCGCCUUCAGGUCGGUGGUGAUGCCGAUAGCAAACGAGUUCGCUCCGGACAUCGUGCUGGUCUCGUCUGGCUUCGACGCCGUCGAGGGACACCCUCCACCGUUGGGCGGCUACACUUUAACGUCCAAAUGUUUUGGCUACCUGACACGGCAGUUGAUGACUCUCGCUGGAGGCCGGGUGGUUCUGGCUCUGGAGGGGGGUCACGACCUCACCGCCAUCUGUGACGCCUCCGAGGCGUGCGUGGCCGCUCUGCUCGGACAGGAGCCGGACCCGCUGCCCAAGGCCGUCCUCGAGCAGAGGCCCAACCCCAACGCCGUGCGCUCUCUGGAGAAAGUUUUAGAGACUCACAGUAAGUACUGGCGCUCCGUGCACCGCUCCUCCCCGCUGCUCGGACUUUCCCUCCUGGAGGCCAAACGAGGCGACUCGGAGGAGGCCGAGGCCGUCAGCGCCAUGGCCUCUCUCUCCGUGGCUAACACCAACGCCAUGGAUCAAAGGCCCGAGGACGAGCCCAUGGAGGAGGAGGAGCCGCUGUAACCGAGGGAAACAUGAGGGUGUCGCACCGUUACCAUUGACCUCUCCAGGAGACAACUCUUUGAGCUGCGAAGAGUCUUCGACUGACCCCUUCAUUUAGUCCCCCUUACCCCACUCACCACGUCAGUCACCUUGAUUGGCGGCCCCUCGGCCAAUAAAACGAGGGGGGAGGGGGUGGGCUCAGCCUCAGAGUAGGGAGCCAAUCAGGAGACAGAGGACUGCAUCGGGGGGGGGGGGGGGGGGGCAAAAAAAAUUAAAGAGACUCAUUUUUUUCUGUCAGUCUUCGCCCUCUCGUGUUAGCCCACAGCGGCUAACUGUGUGACCAAGGCAGCAGGUGGGUGUGUUUGGAGUUUGGGGCGAGGUUCGGUCUCGCUGUAGAAAGGUGUGAUUUCACUGCAGGAACAUACGGUGCUUUACACAGCUGCCUUCUGACCACAUACAGUAUGGACACCAGAGACAGCAAGACGUUCCCGGCUGCUAGCUCGGGAGUUACUUUUCUCUUUUAUCGACUAUUUUUGCUGUGAAACUCGACGGGCGUCGCAGCAAACCGAGAUCAUAUUUUACAAAGAUGCGUUCACUGUGGACUUUGGUCGAGCCGAAGGUUUGAGUCGGCUCUCGAAGAAGAAGAAGAAGAAGAAGAAGAAGAUUUGAAGACAAGACUGUCGCCUCGCCGGAACCAGCCUGUCGUUGAAAAAAGGUUGACAAGUGAGAGGAGUGCCUUGGUGAGGGAGGGUCCCCCCCCCCCCCCCUGCUGGAUUUCAGGAUUGUUUUCAGGAAAAGAUUGCCUUAAGUCAAACGAGGGAGGAAGAGUUUCCCGCUCCUUUUCUUGGGGGAACGACUAAAAAUAAAGAACAAUCGUUCAGCAUGUUUACGUCUCUUCGGCCUCUCUCUCUCUCUCUUAAAGAAGAGUUACUUUACUUUUGGAUGGAUCUAUUUUUCUGUAAAAAACAAAACAAAACAAAAAACACAAGAGGAAGCGCUUUGUAAAGGUAGAUGCCAGCUUCAGUAGGAAAAAAAACAAAACAAAAAAACGGUGCGAACAUGAAAACUUCCAAACAAAAAUUAGACUCUCGAAAGAAAACAAGCCUCUGAUGUAGCCUCCCUUUAACAGAAGCCGUCGCUUUGGAAACACAUGAAGCAUGCAAUUUACGCAGACAGACCAGACGUCGUUUCGCAAGAGUUCUGAACGAUAUCCAAAAGAGGAAGCCAAGCAAGAAAAGCCAAAGCAUGAGUUUUGCAUUUACAGUCGUACUUUCACUUCACUUAGCUGGCAGACAUUUCUCGUACUGGCCCUUUAAGAGAAGGCUCCCAGUACCCAGUUCAAUGUUUACUAAUUUAACCCUCCACGCAUCAAGUGAGCGUUUCUGUCCCGACCGGCCUUCUGUACGUCGGCCGGUCGGCAGCUACCUUGGUUGCUCGUGCGAGCUGGUCGUGUAUAUUGGAUUGAAUAUAUUUUGAGGGGCAGUAAUCGCCUGUUUGUAUCUACAUGUAUGAUUUCCACAUCCGAGUUGUCGAUAUCAAAAAAAAGGAUGGGGGGUGGGGGGGGAACGUGUUUGAUAAGCGUGUCCACUUUUUAUUUUUUAUUGUAUAAGAUUAUUUUUCUAACUUUUUUCAUCCAUAGAUUUUUGUGUUCUGUGUUUUUAUCCGUUUUCUGGAUAGUUAUAGGGCUGCCGUUCACACCUAGUACUUUUUUCACCUCUUGUUCCAGAACUUUCUUUCUUGUAUUUAUCAAAACCAAGGAGCAACACCUCCUUCCUUUCUUUCCUCCUUUCUUUCUUUCAAAGGCUCUCGCUGCCUUUUUUUUUGCAUUUUCAUCUUUGUGUAUUUAUAACAUGUACUGUUUAUAGCAGAUUUGUAUAUGGAAAAGUUUAUAAAUGUACUCUAACUAAUGACAGCUAUGAUAUUGUGAGCGACAAACAGUGUGGUGUAAGAUAUUACUACCAUGGACUUUAAAAAAAAAAAAAAAAAGAAAAAGCAGCAGCGUAUUUAACUCGUCAUCGACUGCACUGUUUUCUCGAUGCCCUCGAGUGAAGCCAUCACACGGCACUGCAAUUGGCUUUUCUAAGCGAAACAUUUGAUCACUUUGUUGCCUAAUUGAUGCAUCUCUCCCCCCCCCCCCCCCCGUACCACUCACCUUUAAACUGUGACAACACAUCCACAAAGAGGUUCAAAGCACGUCUCAUGUAGCUAGCUGAGUUUUUAUUUGUGGUUAGAGGAAACAGAUGACAGAAAAGUGGGGGUGACAUUUGAAAGGAAAAACUCAGCAGAUAACUUUGAAAUCUCUUUCUGAGCAUGUGUUGCACCAUCAUGUUCGACCUUUACGGACUUUUCUGCUCCAAUCACCUGAUCUAACACUCGAUUCUCAUGUCUGUAAACUGCUUUGUUCACCAGCUUAUUCCAGGCGACUAUCCUGUUUAUUUGAAUAUCAUUCUAUUGAACAUAUUUUUCAUGUCUUAACAAAACAUUCCACUUGUUCUUCCUUUAAUUCGGCUUCAUUUUUCUUUUUUUUUCUUUUUUUUACUGUUUUUUUUUAGUUUGUUUUUGUAGAAACUUUAUUACUGCUCUUUUCCGCCGUCUGCUCGCGCCAACUUUAACUCUUUGCAUGGUUUGUGAGUCAGCAUGCCUGCUUGUCUAUGUAACAAAAAUGUAUUUGCACAAUAGAAGAAGAACACUGGAGGACUUUAAGACAAAAAAAAAACUCUCACACACACACACACACACACACACACACACUCGAAAACCCUCCCAUGGCGGCGACUCCCAACAGCACCAAACAGGAUGUUUUUUUCUUCCUCGUUGGUGUGCAAGAAUUCAAGACUUUGUCCGAAUGACUCCAAUGAGGAACCUUUGAUAUUGUUCUUAUUGUUUCCAAUGAGUGAUUUUUAACAGCACUUACCACAUGGACGGACUGUGCUAAAGAGAAACACGCUCUGCCAAACCUCUGCUACAUCCACACCUUCAAAACAACAACAACAACAACAACAACAAAAAAACUCCCAAAGAAUGUUCCUCUUUCACAGAUUUGUGAGCGUGCGCUGUUACAGGGAAGAAACGUUUGGAGGAAAAAAAGGGCAUCGCCGUUCUGAUUGUCACUCCCACCUCGGCCAGUUCUCUCUCUAUAUAUAUAUAACCACUGUGGCUCAAGAGCAAUUCUCGGUUUACAUGUAAAUGGAUAAAAAAAAGUUAUUUUUUGUUUGUUGUUUGUCUCUAUUGAUGAAAAAUGUUAUCUUUCUUUGGGACCUACGCUUUGGACAUUUCAUCUCUUACAUCAUCUAUAAAAUAUAUUUCUGAAAAAUA